GGGGAAAGGCGAGAAGGGAGCAUUUUCCAUUUUGAAUUGGGCAACAGAGCUGUGAGACAUAAAACCCCAUUUGGUGUGGUUAGACAGCACACAAGUGAAGAGAAAGAGCCUUCCAAAAUGUUCAAGCUAUCUCGCAUGCUCCCUCUCACUUCCACUUCCAGGCAUAGGCUGUUGGAAGUGCUGUCCUCUAGGAAAGUUGAAGUCGGAGACCGUCUUAGCCAUUCAGCUGGCAUUUCUACUGCUACAAAUAACUAUGCUGCCAAAGGAUAUGCUUCCGAUCGAAUAUUUGCUCCUUAUACUGUUUACAAGGGCAAAGCUGCAUUCUCGUUGAUCCCUUGUCUUCCAACUUUCACUAAGUUGAAUUCUGGGACUGUUGUAGUUGAUCGACGUGGUUCAAUCAUGAUGACUUUCAUGCAUUCUAUUGGAGAGCGCAAAUAUGACUGGGAGAAAAGACAAAGAUUUGCUCUCUCAGCAACUGAAGUUGGUUCUUUGAUAACAAUGGGCGCUCAAGAUUCCUGUGAUUUCUUUCAUGACCCUUCAAUGUUAUCAAGUAAUGCUGGUCAAGUAAGGAAGAGCUUAUCAAUUAAGCCUCAUGCAAAUGGCUACUUUGUGUCUUUGACUGUUGUCAACAACCUGUUAAACACCAAUGACUACUUCAGUGUUCCUGUCACAACUGCUGAGUUUGCUGUAAUGAAGACAGCUUGCAGUUUUGCACUGCCACACAUUAUGGGUUGGGACCAGAUAACUAAUCAACAAUCCAGAGGCAUAGAUGAUCUUCAAGCAAAGGGUGACUCUAAAGUUUCAGACUUGGAAUGGGAAAAAUGAAUUGCUAGGAAUAUCCGAAUAUGAAAUGGAUCCUUUUUUGUUUCGCAAUUCCAUUUGGUAUAUUGCCAAUUUGAAGACAAGGAUUUGCUGGGGGAAGAUGUAAAUUACAAUCUUUAAGAAAGGGAUCUGAAGUUGUAUAACUUGUUAAACUAGUUGUUUGAAAAAUUAUCAAAUGACAAAUGUUUUAUUUAGAUAGA